AUGAAUGAAGUUGGUUCAACAGCAACAACUGAAGUUGUUGGAGCAGAAUUAGUUAAUACCCAACCUACAAAGAAGAGGAAAGCUAGUGCAAGUGGUUCUAGGCAAUCAUCUGCUUGUCGGGAGCACUUUAUUAGAUUACCAGAUGACUUAGUUGAUACACCAACUGCAGCUUGUAAACACUGCCACAAAAAAUACCUAUGUGACCCUAGGACUCAUGACACCACCAACACGAACCAUCACAUUCUAAAAUGUGCAAAGAAGCCUAGAACCACUGAUCCCACCCAAACUAUUCUUACAUACCCCUCUGUAGAAGGAUCUAGUUUAGGUCAUGUUAGCUCCAAAUUUGACAAGCAAGCUUGUAGAAAAGCUUUGUCAAUUUUUAUGGUUCUAGAUGAACAACCAUUUAGUGCAGUUGAGGGGGAAGGUUUUAAGUACUAUUCUAAAGUAAUGCAGCCCCAAUUUACUCUCCCAUCUAGGCGUACAGUAGCUAGAGACUGUUUUCAGCUGCACUUGGAUGAGAAACAAAAACUAAAAGCCUUUUUUAAGUAUGACUGCAAUAGAGUAGCACUUACUACUGAUUGUUGGACUUUUAUCCAAAAUCAAAACUACUUAACCCUUACGGCACACUUUGUGGAUAACGAAUGGAACUAUCAAAAGAGAAUUAUAAGCUUCACAGUUAUUCCAAACCACAAGGGUGAUAUGGUAGGUAGGAAGAUUGAAGAGGUGUUAAGGGAUUGGGGAAUUAGGAAUGUGUCUACCAUAAUUGUUGAUAAUGCAACUUCAAAUGAUGUAGCUGUAGCAUAUUUGCAUAGAAAAAAAUCAACUAUGAAUGGGAUGAUGGGGGAUGGAAAAUGUUUUCAUAUGAGGUGCCCUGCUCACAUAUUGAACUUGGUGGUAAAUGAGGGUUUGAAAGAUAAGCAUUUGUCUAUUACUAGUGUUAGGGAUGUUGUUAGAUUUGUCAAGUCCUCACCUCAUAGGGCCGCCAAGUUUAAAGAAUACAUUGAAUUUGCUGGAAUAACUUGUCAAAAACUAGUAUGUCUCGAUGUUUCAACUCGUUGGAACGCGACAUAUUUGAUGCUUGAGGCUGCAGAGAAGUUUCAAGCUGCUUUUGAUAAGCUUGAGUAUGAAGAGUCGAGCUAUAUGGAGUUCUUUGGAAAAGGUAGUCCUCCUAGUAGUGAUGAUUGGGACAUUGUUAGAUCUUUUAUCUCUUUUUUAAAGUUUUUCUAUGAAGCAACUAAUGUUUUUUCCACCUCUCAAAGUGUGAGUUUUCAUAGUGCUUUUCACCAAGUGUCUGCGAUCUAUUGUGAGCUGAAGCAAGCUACUAUGAACUUGAAUGGUGUUUUUGCAAGUGUGGGUGGGGACAUGAUGGAAAAGUAUAAUAGAUAUUGUGGGUGUGCUACUAAGAUGAACAAGUUGAUUUAUUUUGGGAUUAUUUUGGAUCCAAGAUACAAGUUGAGUUAUAUUGAGUGGACUUUUAAGGAUAUGUAUGGAGUUGGAUAUGUGUUUGCUACCGGGUUGAUCAAAUCUAUAAAAGAGAGCUUACAAAAAUUGUAUGAUUGUUGGCCGUCCUUCACUAAUGGCUAG